AUCGGGCUUAAUUGCUUCACACGCCACUACUUCCCCCCGGGCAAGGAAGCUUGCGAAACUCGCUAUCGCGAGGCCCAGGCCGAUCACCUUGCUCUUGUCAACAGCGGCCACCAUGUUGUUAUGCUGACCGAGGCUUUUCGCAACCUGAAGAAUCUCAAGACCGUUGGCAUCCGCGACUACAACUCCAAAGCACGUGGUCUUCGCGAUGGCUUUACAGCCGCAUGGGCAAGCUACGGUGCCACCACUCUGGAGAAGGAGACGGAAGUCAAUCUCUUCCGCGUCCCAAUAGACGAGAUCCAGGCCUAUACGAACAAGGUCUUCGUUUCCGUCUUCACAGCACUCGGCAAUGCCGGUGCACGCCCCAAGGCCUUUGAACUACUUCGCAAAGGCCACGGCGUCCCUUCAGACGACGCCUUCAACCUUUUUACCAAGUACCUCCAGCCAAAGGUCACCCCUGUUCUCCGGGGCCUGGAGACGUUUCUGUGCGUUGUGAACGUGGCAAACGGCCCGUUCCGCACCACAGCACCUAUAGUCGGCGCCGACGACAAUACGGCCUUCAGUCGGCGUCGGCACGACUAUCUCCUGCGCCUCUUCCUGGGGCACAUGCCCAAUUUGAAGCACCUGAGGCUGAACUUCAGCCACCCCGGUAACAACUCGGACGCCGUCGACCACUUCAUCAACUGGCUCGGCACCCCGAUUUCCAAAACCGAUAGAUCAUCGACGCUUGCAGCUUCCGACAGCCAGCUUCCGCCACCUCCUCCCCCCGUGGCAUUUCCGCACGUCGAGGAACUCAACUUGGGUCUUGUGGAUGUCGAGCCAAGGCGCCUGGUCCAGCUUGUCCGGAAGCUCUCGCCGACACUCAAGAGACUGACGCUUUGGAAGCUUACGCUGUGGAACAAAGCUGCCGAGGCCCAAAACCUUGACGAGCGACGCGACCACUACAAGGUCAACCUGUGGGCCAAGACGCUGAAAGCCCUGUGCGAGACAUCCAACCUGAACUUGGACCACAUCAAGAUUGGCAGCCCUGCUCAACGUACCUUCAUGACCAAUACCAAGGUUUGGUUCCACAACAAGGACUCUCCCGACGACAAGGUGGACCUGAAGGAGUACACCGGCAUCGAUUGGAAACACUUCGUCGAAGAGCUAGUGGGGCAAGUGAAGGCAGAACUUCCGGUGGAGAGUGACGAAGACUUGGACGAAUAUGAAGUGACAGACUCGGAGCUGGACGAGGAUAUGGAAGGUGAGAUGGAAGCCGACUUGAUGAACAUAUACUAUGACACCAAUGCCCACACGGACGAGAUGCAAGAAGCGCUGGAGAUGUGGGAGGACAUGAUCAUGUACGAAUCAGGCUUACUAUGACAGCGAUGCCUCCUACCCGGACGACAUGCAAGACGCGCUGGAGACGUGGGAGGACAUAGUAAUUUACGAAUCGGGCUUUCACCCGCUGAUUGAUGUUUUCAUAGACGUUUGCCCUAGAGACGUAGAUAGGCCGGAACAGAGGCCGACAAUGGUCGUUAAUGUUACGCUGGGUAGGUGGUCAGAAAUGAGUUGAUGAACAAGCUUUGUUACCUAUCUACCAAUGCGAAUUUCCGAGGUGGCCAGAAUGCUUUGUUAUCCAAACAAGAUAGUCAGAAACGAGGAGUAAUCAAGAGGCCACCAAGGAGCCGCGCAGUCAAACGAUGACGAUUACCGUUCAGGUCCCGGGCUCCACCAUCCAGGCAGCUAGGCCACUAAACUUACGAGAUGCCAAUGAUGGGCUGGUCCGUGUGAGAAUGGCUGGAGGGACGUCGUCGAGAUGAAGCGAUCCCCGAUGCCGAGUCGUCACUUUAUUGGAUGACA